GGGCAGUACUAUUCUGUCCUAAGGGUCGCUAUGAGUUGGAAUCAAAUCGAUGGCAGCGGGUUUGGUUUGGUUUGAUUUUUGGUUUUUGCUAUUGUUAAAUCAAGAACCUUUCAUAAAGAGAACUAAUUGCUUCCCUGGUUGUGUUUUGUAAAUAUGAAUUUUUGUAUGUGUUUGGUUCUUUUAAGAAGGAAUCACCUGUAGUGGUGUAGAUAUUUCAAAUGUAUGAAAGAAGUCCUAAAUGAGGUGGAUUCAUGGAAAGGCAUGAAGGUUCUGUCCGCAGUACUUAAAUGGGCAUUCACUUUCAUGAGCUCAGAAUUAUGCCCCCACAGAUCACAAGGCUAUGCAGCUGGAAAAAAUCACUGAUUAUAUAAGAAAAAGAAACACAAUCCUUACUCAACCUCCUUUAGAGAAAGAGCCAUCACUAGGAACGUAUAAAUGAAGGGGCUCCAUAGAAAAUAAACGCUGAAUGGUGUGAGAACAGAGCUGGCAGGGGAGGAGGGCAGUGGCUGGGAAUAUGAGACCUGGGAAGACCUUCAGCAGUUCACACUGUGCUGCCUUCCUCAUUUGUGUGUUUUCUGAGUCAGCAUUAGCUAAAUUUUCCAGAGAGCCAUCCACAAAGUAUAGCCUGGCCAGGGGACAUCAUUCAUUUCCUCCAGUGACCUUGACAAGUCAGAAGCUUGAAAGCAGGGAAAUCGGAUGUCUCAGUUAUGAGGUGGAGCAGAGAGGGCCCCAACAUAUUUCUGGAAGUCUUCAUUAAUACUGGUGAUUGAGUGCCUCCCUCUGUUACUGUGGCCAUCUGAGGUGCUUCCCUGGCUCUGAAGGGGUUGACACAAUGUCUAAGGCCUUCAACCUGGUGUUGCUCCUUGCCUACAUCUGGACCACGAGGAUCCUGGUCCAAAGCUCUCUGCGAGUAGAAGAGGUUUCCAUCUUGGUGCCAUGCAGAAUUGUGGGAAUCACCCUUGUGGGCAAAAAGACAGCUGAGCAGCUGAAUUUCACAGACGCCAAGGAGGCAUGUAGGCUACUGGGCCUAACUCUGGCCAGCAAAGCCCAGGUUGAAACAGCACGGAAGUAUGGCUUUGAGACUUGCAGCUAUGGAUGGGUUGAAGAUGGGUCCUCAGUGGUCAUCCCUCGGAUUCUCCCAAACCCCAAAUGUGGGAAGAAUGGGAUUGGUGUCCUGGCUUGGAAGGUUUUAGAUCAUCAAAGGUUCAGGGCCUAUUGCUACAACUCAUCUGAUACUCGGAUUAACUCAUGCCUUCCAGAAAUUAUCACCACCAAAUAUCUCAUAUUCAACACUCAAACUUCAACAUAUACAACAGAAAUUAAUGUCAGUGACACUACAUACUCAAUAUCAUCCCCUUCCUCUGCCCCUGCUCUUACUACUGCUCCUACACCGGCUUCCACUUCUACUCCACGGAAACGAAAAUUAAUUUGCGUAACGGAAGUUUUUAUGGAAACUAGUGCCACAGCUACAGGAAGUGAUUCAUACAUUGGAAGUCAAGCAGCAUUCAAGAAUGAAGUUGCUGAGUUUGGAGGUGUUCCCACAGCUCUGCUGGUACUUGCUCUCCUCUUCUUUGCUGCUGCAGCUGGUCUUGCAGUCUGCUACGUGAAAAGGUAUGUGAAGGCCUUCCCUUUUACAAACAAGAGUAAGCAGAAGGAGAAAGGUGAUGAUAGCAACCCUACUGAGGAAUCAAAGGAAAUGGGUAAAAAGACAGAAGACUCCAAGAGUCCACCCAAAGCUACAGUGCGGUACCUGGAAGCUGAAGUUUAGAUGAGAGAGAAAUGAGAGGACAAACCUAAGGCUGGCUUGUUUCUUGCCUAAAUAUCCUGUCCCCAGCUGAGGAAACCAAGAGGGCCAAAGAACCAAAGAAGAAAGUCCACCCUUGGUUUCUAACUGGAAUCAGCUCAAGGCUGCCUUUAGACUAUGGAGUUCAUCAAAGGAAACUCUCUUCUUCUUACUAUAAUCCUUUCUGGAUCCUAUCUUCCUACCUCCAAAGCUUUCCACAGCCUUUCUAACCUGAUUAUGUCCUAAUAAAGUCCCAGUGGGAGAAAGAAAUUUUGCAAAGCCCAAGAAGCAAAAAUAGUUCAUCAGUACACAUUUGCAAAAAGGUCUCUACCCUCUACGCUGGCUGGGAAUAGAUGAGUUGGGAGCCAAAGAGCCACUGAGUCCAUCCACGCUUUCUCUACUGACUUCACAGCCCAGAUCCUUUCUUAGAUCAGAAAGAGAAACACUUACACCACUCUGGCAUGUCUUUCUGAGCUAGGCAAGAGCAAAAGGAAGGAAGGAAAGUUUAGCAAAUGAAGGCCAUGGAGAUUCAUGUGACUACAGGUAUAAUCUCUGUAAAGGCAAAAUAAAUAGAUAAAAAGAAUGAAGCCAAAGACACUGACAGUAUAUUUUCAGCAGGAACUACAAACACAGACAGGGUCAAAGCAUUCUUCUCCAAAUAAUUUGAGAAUCACUUUUUAUAACAUACGCACACUUUCUUUAAUCUCUCUCUAUUACUGCUGCUAUUUUCUCUAGAAGAAACAAUCUAUUUUUACAAGAAAAAAAAUACUCUCUUAAAAACUAAGAUUUAAAACUCAGAUAAAAAAAGCUGUAUUUUUAUCUGAGUAACAGAAAUUAUUACUGAGGAAAAUUACUAUGUUAAGAAAUAAUAAAAUUCAACAAACAUUUACAUCUACUAUAUAUCAGGCACUGUGCAAGGUGUUACACUCUGUAAUUGAAUGUUAUUUUUAAAAUUGCAUAUAGUAGAAUGUUAUCUGAAACUGAUUUUUUUACAUUUUUGAUAUACCUAUGUUAUCCACUUCCGAAACUGAUGUUAUUUUGCUAACACUAAUCUAUUCUUUAUUUUCUCUAAAUGGCAACCAUCCUAACCUUAAAUUAUUAUUAACAUACCUAAGAAGUACAUUAUUACCUCUGCAUAUCAAAGCACAUUUUUCAUGCCGUUAACAAAUGUAUUACUAGCUCUCCUAUUCCAGCAAGAAGAGCCUGAGAGGUGCAGAAAUAUAUGGACUGAAAAAAUAAAAGCAAUUAGAAACCUUC